AUGCUGGUUUUCGAAUUGGGCCACAAAGAGAUUGUGCAAAUCCUGAUCGAUAGCGGUGCAGACGUCAAUGCUCAGGGCGGCGAAUACGGCAACCAUCUCCAAGCCUCUUCAUAUAAAGGCUGCAAAGAGAUUGUGAAGAUUCUCGUUGAUAACGGUGCAAUGCCCAAGGUGGCCGAAAUUGUGCAAACUCUCGUCGAUAACGGUGUGGACGUCAAUGCCCAAGGCAGCGAAUACGGCAAUGCUCUCGCAGCGGCUGCAUUUCGAGGCCACACAGGUCUGGCGGUGCUAGCAUUUGAUAUCAAACACAUGUAG